CGCCGAAGAAGAAGUAAAGUGAGCAGAGCAGCAUGAUGGGAUAUGAGUCCUCCGGCGGCGCGCUGCCGCCAUGUCACCGAGAGAGAAACACUUAGCGCUGCUCUCCGCUGUGGGCCUGGUUACUCUCGCUUUUUACUAUAGUCCUACUUUCCUCUACGCGACUUUAAUUCUCGCAGUUUGUUGUUUUGCUUGUUACUAUCACAGCGGAGAACCUCUUCCCGCCAGACUAGGCCCCAAUCCUCGGGGUGGGCUGAGCAUCCUCGGCGGGCUCCGACGCUGGCUGUGGGGUUGGGGGGAGACCGGCGUGUCGGUGGGCGCCCGGGGGAGGACGAGGAGCAGCAGCAGAGCCGAGCUCCGGGAGUCGGAGGGACACUUUAGACAAAGGGUCGGUGAAACCGGGAUUUACCGCAGGGAAGGUUUGGCGAGUGACUCGUUUCUCUUCAGCCCCCGGGAUUUCCUCAUGGGGAGCUACAUCGGGAAGCCCGAGAGCCCGACAGGGAGGCCGAGAGCCGUUAGGAACCCCCGAGAGCAGCUGCGGGAGAAGCUAUCCAGACCCAACCAUGCCGUCUACACCCCCAACAGGAGGCUCUCCUUCGCCGGGGAGCCGCUGGGCACGGUGGGCAGGUUCACCAUCACCCCCCAGCGUCACUACCCCCUGCAGCAGCCGGGUGUGUCGCCGGUGGGAGUCCUGCCUCCCGUCAGAUGGGACGGCUUCAGAAAGAAAAGCAUCCUCAGUCCUCGUAAUUCUCCGGCCGCCCUCAGCCCCGUCACCGUGAAGAUCGCCAGACCCGACCACAGCAGCCCCAGUUUGGACCAUCUGAGUUGUGCGGGGCUGUCCAGAGCCCCGGCAGAUCCCUGCUCCAGAGAAAACGUCCUCAGGGUGUUGAAGGAAAGCCGCAAGAGAGAGGUGGAGGACGAGGACAGGAGCUUCAUAGGCGAGCAGAAAAGCAAAAGAAGGCGUAACGACAGCGGUGGAAGUGCACACUCUGCGUUUGAGCCUCUGCUGCCCAACGGAACGCCGUCACAGCUGGUUCCUAAGCCAGGAAGCCUGAAACGAGGGAUGACCUCAGUGGCGGAGGAGUCCAUCAUGAAGAGGUCUCGUACCUCCUCCAUCAGCUCGGCCAGUGGAGUCCACGCCCCCAGAGGAACGCCGGGCACCAGGAGGAACGCCAUCCAGAGCUCCUACAGCUCCACACUCGGCCUCAGCCAGUGGAAGAAACCGUCGGCUCCCAGCUCUCCUCUGUCCAGCCCCGGAUCAUCUCGAUCUCAGACGCCAGAAGGAGCCUCCAAAAGGCCCAGAGAGGACGAUGGACAGUCUCCCAGCUCAGCAUCCUCAGUGAGGUCGGAGCAGACGGCCUCCGACAAGCCUCCUGUUACUUCCAAACUGACUCCGGUUCCCAACGUCCCAGUCCCUCCCUCAACAGACUCUGCUGGUAGUGGUGGGAAGAGGAAACGGAAGAUCCAGCUGGUGUCCAGUCACCGGGACGAUCAGAUCUCUCUGCCUCCACCCCCUGAGCUGGGAUACACAAUCACUGUGAAAGAUCUGGAUGAAGAGAAAAAGGCUGGCAUUAGUAAAAUCCAGAAGGUUCUGGAGACACCUGCUCCAGAGCCAGAAAAGUCUGUGUCUCCUCCGGUCACCACUUCCUCCCAGCCGGCCUCCUCGACCACCACCGCCACCCUGAGCAGCCUCCUGGCAGCUCCUCUGCCCACAGCUUCCAGCGCUGCCAUCCCAGUCAUCAACCUGGACCCCAGCCCGGGCAGCAGCGUCAGCACAGCUCCAGCAGCCUCCAACCCGCUGCUGGAGGCUCUGAAGAUGAAGACCGUUACUCCUGCUAGCUCCACAUCCGCUGCCAGCACAGCUACAGUGUCUGCAUCGACCACACCUGUCCAACCCAGCAGCUUAAACCUGAAGACAUCAAAUCCCGCCGAUGUUCUCCAGCCUCCUCCCCCCUACCAGCCUCAGUCCUCCUCUGCUGGUGUGGAGCAGCCCUCAGCCUUUACUCAGGUGUUGGCUCAGGUGUCCAAAGCUCCCAGCAGCACUCCACCUGUAGCAGGAACCGGCCUGUUUGGGUUGACCAGCCAGACCAGCACCCUCUCUUCUUCUGCAGCCUCCAACCCCGUCACCGCUACUGCCGCUCCGGCCAUCAGCUCUGCGUCCGUCGGCACGUCCAAGCCUCUGCUGACAUCAGGUUUCAAGCCCAUCUUUCCCGUCACCACCACCCCCGCAGCCACAACGGCUUCAGAAAGCAAACCUCCUUUCAAGCCCAUCUUUGGAGAAGCCACUUCCUCUGCUGGCGUUACGAAGCCUCCUUCCCUCACCACCACCAGCCCGGCCUUGACGGUUUGUUCAAGCAGUACGCCCUCAAUAUUUGGGGGGUUGACCAGCAGCACCACGGUCGCCCCUUCUGUUUUUCCUGGCAUGACCAUGACCAACACCCCCACAGCGUCCACAGUCUCCGUCACCUCCACCCAGCCUGCAGCUCCACCUGCUGUUAAAUCCCUGUUUGGAAACUGGUCCGCACCAUCAGCAGCAACCAGCACCAGCUCCACGGUCUCGGUGCAGGUGAACACAGGAAGCACAUUUCAGUUUGGAGCUGCUACCACCACCACAGCAGCUCCAGCAGCAGCAGCUCCUGCAGCAGCUCCAGCAGCAGCUCCUGCCCCGUCUGCUGCCACCACUGCCCCCAGUAAAGGCACCUUCUCAUUUGGCACCACUCAGCCGGAUCCUCCAGCUGCCAGCCAGAAGGUGUUUUCUUUUGGGCAGGCUGCACCCAGCCAGAACACAACCACUGCUUCGUAUGGAGGCUUCGCCAUGGCCAGCACCUCCUCCACCACCGCUGCCACCAGCACCCAGUCCACCUUCGCCUUUGGAAAGUCGCCGUUUGAGGCUCCAGCUGCUCCGUCGACCUUCGGUUCCUCAGCAGCGCCGCCGAAACCUUUCACCUUUGGAGGCGGCGGGGCCUCGUCCACGCCUGCCUCCAACCCCGCCCCGGCUCCUUUCACUUUUGGGGCGACUGCUGCCACCACGGCGAGCACCUUCGGGACCCCAGCUAAACCAGCGUUCGGAGCCAGCUCCACUGGUUUUGCUUUCGGCGGCACCACGGCUCCCUCAGCCGCACCGCCGGCUGCACCGAGCUUCGGUGCAGCGACCCAGACUCAGAGCUCCGCCUCGGGAACCUUCACGUUCGGCAGCGCUGCUCCUCAGCCGGCCCCCUCCGGCCCCGCUCAGCCGGCAACCGGUGGGUUUAACUUCGGUGUUGGUAUGCCGUGUCCCCAGUUUGGAACACCGGUUUCCAGUAAUCCUGCACCACAGAUGGGAAGCUUCAACUUUGGGGCUGCUGCUACUGACAAACCAGCUUUUGGAACGUCAACUCCAUCCUUUGGCCAGAGUGCUGCUGCAGGUCCGAUUCCCUUUGGAAGUCCUGGAACUCCAGUCCAAGGCUUCAACGCUGUUCCAUUCGGAUCUCCAGCGACUCCCUCCUUCUCCAUCGGAGCCGGAUCGAAGCCCUCCGGAGCUCGUCAGAGGCUGCAGGCUCGGAGGCAGCACAACAGGAAGAAGUAACCGGCUGCACGAGUCCCAGCGCCGCUUUCGGAGGACUUGAGCUGUUGCUGCUAAGGCUAAUCUGGCUAACAUCGCUCCGUUCUAAGCCCAACAUCCCCCCCAAUCAGGCCGCCACCUCUGCUUCCUUCCCCUUCUCCAGCGGGUGGCGUCUGCAGAGGAUUAAGAAAGAGCACACCGGCUGGACGGCACUCGGCCAGGCGAGGGAACGUAGCAGCGCGGACGGAGGAUCCACAGCGAUGUACUAUACUUGAAGAGAAAAGACAAUUGAAUAGUUUGAUUCUGAACAAAAGCAUAUCCAAAGUUCUUUUUCCUUUUCCAGUACGCGGACACUCCCGUUGGUUCGUCUUAAGGAGAAAGUCGAGUCGGGCAAAAGGACUUGGAGCCUCGGCUCGUUUAUUUUUUUACGUGAAGCGCUCACUGGUUUGUAUGUUACCGAGUAUUUGAGUACAUUCUCUGAAUAGGGUGAAAAACGCACAGUUGAUUCAGACAAGGUACACGACGACGCAGAGUAAAUGUAAAGUUAUGAGACGUUUGCAUUUAAAUUAUUUUUUUAAAUUGGCUCUAUGACCCUGGAAAUGAAUGAAGUGUUUGUGCACUCACAGGGGACUCAGUAAAUGUCUUAACGUGGUUUGAGCAGACCUGCGUGUUCUCGUUUCAUACUCUUUGUCAUUACAAGCAUUCCCAGAGUCCUCCUGUGGAUGGCCUUUCUGUAGUUUCUUUGAUAGCGAUUGCCAACACUGGUCAGUGUGCGAUUAGGACGACUACUCUCGACUUGUGCUGACAAACCAAAGCCAACUCAUCAACUUCAUGCCUGUGAAAAGAAUCUGUGAUCUGUUAUCUUUAAACCCUGAGAUGUGUGUGUUUGUGCCAGACUACCUCUCUUUACUCCCAGGCACUGAAUCCUUGUUAAUUCACUGAACAAAAACACAGAUCUGACAGAAUCGACUUGAUUUCACCUUCAGCUGCUGUUAAAGCAGAUGUACCCGAAUGAAUAGUGUUUUUUUUUUUGUUUGUUUUACAACACGUUAUCCCACCGCUGAAAUAGAUCACUGUUACAAUAGAUAACUCCACAUUCACACCAGAUGUACAAAAAUCUGAUGAAUUGGGACCUUUAUCUGCGUGGUAAUUACAGAAGUUGUCAUGGCGAUGCAGGGAUUUUUGUUUCUAUGUCUCUUAUUUGCACCAUAAUUGGAGAUUUUUUUUUUUUUUGUCAAGCAAACAUGAUCAGUUGAUGUCAGCCGUUUUAUGAAAAAGACUUCUGUUCUCAGUAAUAAUCACCUCUUUCUUGUGAAAAGUGAGCAGUAUCUGAUGCAGUUUUUGAUGGUCAACUUUUAAUUAAUAAAAACUGAGUUUUGGCUGUGGAUGUUCCGACAAGAACACAGUGAAAUCUGCAA